GUUUCGGUAAAGGAAGGGGUAAAGGAGAGCAGACGCUAUUACUUGAGCUUAUUCACAAGCUGAAUUUGGAAUGCUUGCAAAACCUUCUGGAAAAAAUUUUCUAAAGGAACUCACCAUCUAAGAAUUGUACAAGAUUUCAAACAGAAAUGCUUUGCAUUCUUUGUCAGACAAUGUUGAUCAGACUCUACUUGUUGAUCUGCUUGAUUAUAAUAUUUUCAUCUAUAAGUUUCUUUUGGUAGAGAAGACGUCUUAAGUCUUAGAGAUCAAGUCAACGAUUAACACCUGUUUUGAUGUACACAAUUUGGACAUUAAUUAGUAACAGACUCAUGCUGCGAAGUUUUGAUAUAAAGUUAUGUUGGUGAAGAUAAAACUUUUAUCUAGCCCGUUUUGUAUAGCAUAUGGUUGAAGCUUAAACGAUUGCUAUAAUAUAAUAUGAAUACAUUCUUGUAGUGUUCUCUAUUAGGAUUUGGCAAAAGAUUUGAAAAUCCUAAAGUUCUACUGACUCUGAAGACAACAGAUGAUUGAACUAUGAACUGGGCAACCUUUCAUGGACCUGUACACAAGGAGUUCAAAUAAUUGAAAUGUAACAGCUAUGCUAUCUCAGUCGCCUUUUUCAAAUAACCAAGAGUUCAAGUUCUAAUAUCUAAAACUGUACCUGGUAUGUUAUUUUAGGAAUUAAAAGUGUGAUCUUUCAUGCUCAAAAAUACUAGAAAGAGCAUUUUUUGUAUGUCACUUGUGUAUGGCGCUUCUAUAAUACCUACAAGUUUUAAGACCACUCUGAAAAGGUGAUGGAGUUCCAGAGAAACUUUAGAAUGCCUAAAAAUACUCGAAGUCUUGUCAUUGCUUAUCGAAGGAAGAGUCGAGGUUUGAAAAAAUCUUUUUCGUAGGGAGAUCGAGCAUAUAUAGUAUAGGGAACGAGCCUGUAUAAGGAAAGAGUAUAAAAUUCUAAUCACAACAUUCGGCUUCUCUUUAACUCAAACUUGCGUUCGUCUCGGCAAAACAAAAACUAGUUUUCUUUUCAUUAUUAACUGGUCGACUCACACUUAUUUAUAUAGCUUACCCCACGCCCAUCAAAUCACCGGCUACAACAAAAAUGUUCUGCUUAUCAGUUUGAAAGCUAGAAAGAAUAAAAACCUAAAUAUUUGGACAAUUCGAUAUGGACCGUUAAAGGGGAUAAAUAACUUUUUAUCUCGAGCGUCAGUGCGUCUGUAUGUAUGUGUGUCUAGUAAGUGUCAGUUGAAUUUACGAGCAAAGAUGAGUUGUUUUAUCUACGAACGAACAAAACAACAACUCGCAACUGGCAAGCGGACGUGCAGAGCAAAUAAUAGGAGGCGGAUCAGGGCACAUGGCAUCAGAAACACAUCAGGCAGGCGGGCAUGAGAGCGCGCCUAGUGUAGCAUGUGGAACUUGUUGGCUGCUACAGCUUCACUUCAGUCCAAAUAACGAAAGCGAGCAGUAAGCGUAUACCAAUGAAUUGCUUCGCUCGGCGCAGUCACAAUCAGUCAGAUAUUAAAUGUCACUCCAGUCAUUGUGCGAGCGAAGACAGCGCAGGCGAAACGUGAAACAACAACAACAAAUAAAAACCACAAAAAUUGGAAAUAAAAACAAACAGGCAAAGCGCGGCGAGCGUGUUAGCAAGAAGAACGCGCAAAAGGCGAAUAAAAGCGAGCGCAGUUGGAAGUUCGAAAUUUUCAGAAAAAUUCAUAAUAAUACAAAGUUUUAAUAAAAACAGUAAAAAAAAUUAAUUUGGUUCAAAAAUAUUUAAAGAAAAAAAAUACUUAAAAAAAAUUCAAAAAUAAAAAUUUUAAAAAUUUUUAUAUAGAUUUAAAAAAAAUUCAAAAAUAAAAGUAAAAACAUUUUAUAAAAAGAUUUAAAAAAAAAAAAUUUAGAUACAAACAUUUUGCACUUCACGUUUCUCAUUGGGAAAAAGCAUCUAUAUUACAUAUUUAUAACGUGAUACACACAUACACGCACAGUUAAAAUGAUCAACGAUUCCUUUGAGUUCUCCUCUGACGACGAUUCUGACAACAGUCCACACGACAUGGAAGGCAACAAUUCGGACUUAGAGAGCGGUUUUGCCGACAUGAACGGCGUGAGCCUUAACAGCUAUGGCGGCGUCACAUCGUCCGCCUAUUCACAGAUGCAGAUCGAUUUGGAUAGACAACAUUUAUUGGGCAACCGAAAUCAUGUUGUUGAGAGCGUUAUUGCCGACGGCCUGGAAGGCUUAGAGCAUCAAGAAAGAUAUGAACGCCUCUUACAUCGCGCUCAAAUUGAAGAUCUUACAGAAGUCUCCGGCAUUGGAUGCCUGUAUCAGAGCGGCGUCGAUCGUUUGGGCCGACCAGUUGUCGUGUUUUGCGGCAAAUGGUUCCCAGCACACAAUAUCGAUUUGGAGAAGGCACUUUUGUAUUUAAUAAAACUUUUGGAUCCCAUCGUUAAGGGCGAUUAUGUAAUUGCGUACUUCCAUACAUUAACUUCAACAAAUAACUAUCCAUCACUUCACUGGUUGCGUGAAGUAUACAGUAUAUUACCAUACAAGUACAAGAAAAACCUGAAGGCCUUCUAUAUUGUGCACCCAACAUUCUGGACUAAGAUGAUGACCUGGUGGUUCACAACAUUUAUGGCGCCCGCCAUCAAAGCCAAGGUACACUCACUUCCCGGUGUCGAGCAUUUAUACUCCGCCAUUUCCAAGGAUCAAUUAGAGAUACCCGCAUACAUCACCGAAUACGAUAUGACGAUUAACGGUCUGCAUUACUUUACGCCGAUGCCGACACCAUCAUAGAUAACUGUUGUGACCAUCUAGUCGUCUGCUGGUUCCAGUCUAAACACAUAGUAACAACAACAAUAACAAUAUGAAAAGCAACAACAAUAAGCGCCUAGUGACGUUUAAAAUUAUAAGCGUGCACACACACAUGCAUACACACAAUACAUACAUACGAAAGUAAAAAAACUAAAACUGUGACCAACAAUCCAUUGAAAUGCUGAAUGUUGUACCUACUGACAUACCUAACACACACACAAACAAUAUGAAUGUGUUUGUACUAAAAAUAUACAUACAUAUGUUUUGUCAAUGAAAUUAUGCUGCAUAUAAAUACAAAAUAGACUAAUGUUGGCUAAUGCUAUAUACAUAUAUACACACACACAUACUUACUUACACAUAUUUAUAUAUAUAUAUAUAUAUAGUGAGCGUAAUCAUUUAUAAAUAUGAAAACGAGUAAUAUUAUUAGUUAUUGCAAUUAUGAAACGAGAGUAUUGUUAUUAAAAGCUAAUAAAAAUUGUUAUUCUGUGCGAAAAAAAAAGGUUUAGCUAACUAGAUUUUCAAAAAAAAAAUUAUAUAUAUAUAUAAAAUAAUAAUAACAAACAACAAAAAAAAUAAUUAAAAUUAGUAACUGAAACGUACAGUAGUUAUGUAGCACAGCUAAAAAAAAAUUAUGAGCUGAAAAAAUUGUAGAUUUACUUAGUUUUGACAACAACAAAAACAAAAACCAACAAAAAUGUUCUUAUGAUGAGCAUAGUUAAUUAGAACAAUUCGGUCGAUUAGGAACGUUUUCAAAAUUCAUGCUGCUAGCAAUAAAUACACUUAUUUACAACAAAACAUAUGAAGAAAUUAACAAAAAAAAUAUUAAACGUUUAUAAAUUUACUGACGCAUGUACAUACUGACAGACAUAGAUAUAUACAUUUGACUUAAAUUAUUAAACCAAAAUAUAUAUAAAUUUAAAUUGUAUUGUAUUGUAUUGUAUACUUAUGCGCAGUAAUUGUUAAUAUUAUUACAAUUAUUUUUAUAACUACAUAUAUAUGUAUACAUCUUUGUUAAUUAAAACAUGUACCGAAUUUUUGUAUUGAAAAAGCAAACACGCAAAAAAAUUAAACAUAAAAUGUGUGUGUACACAAAGGCAGCAGUGACUGUAUGUAUGUAAACCAACAAAAAAAA